CCCACUGAUGAAAACGAUAUGAUGAGAUGAAAGUAGAUCUCUUCUUUUUACGAAUCAUCUUUUUUUUUUAUAUAAAGCCAAACUACAGGUUUUAAUAAUCAGAACGUCAAAUGUUUAUAUAGAUGGAAAAUUUACUUCUCCUUCGCCUCUAUUGUUAUCUUUGCUUCUUUCUUCUCCUAACCAUCAACGGCGUUCACACCAUAACCUACGUCUGCGGCGAUGAGAACUUCUCCCCAAACACAACCUACGACCAAAACCUCGAAGCUCUCUUGCGUUCUCUUGCUUCAAAGGUUAUCACAGAAGGCGGUUUCUACAACGCUUCGCUAGGCCGAGUUUACGCUCUUUCCCUUUGUCGAAAACACUAUGAAGCUCAAGACUGCGGGCGCUGUGUCGAUAGAGCAAGUAGGAAUCUCUUAACACAGUGUCAAGGCAAAACAGAAGCGUAUCACUGGGAUUCCGAAACCUUUGAAAACGUUUCUUGUCUAGUACGUUACUCAAAUAUCCCUACAUUUGGAAAGCUAAAGCUUGAGCCCUUGUUGAAUAUUCCUCACUCAAAUGUUCUCCCCUCUUUGAACGUGACUCGAAUCGGCCAAGAGUUCAGCGCCAGGGCUAACCAAACACUCGAGGUUGCAUCCAAGGCUGAUGAGUCUUCGGUGUUGAAGUACUAUGGAGUCUCAAGUGCGGAGUUCACAGAUAUUCCUGAGGUCUAUAUGUUGAUGCAGUGCACACCUGAUCUAUCUUCCGCCGACUGUUACCAUUGUCUAAAAGAGAGUGUUGCGUAUAAUCAAGAAGAGAACCAGAAAAGAAAAGGGGGAACGGUUGCACGUCCUAGUUGUUAUUUUAGAUGGGAUGAUUACUCUUUUGCAGGGGCUUUCGAUGAACUAGAGAGAGUUGCAGCGCCUCCUGGACAUCAUCAACAUCUAGAAGAUUCUCCGGUCAAGAGAGGAAGAAUUUUUCAACCGUGGAGUGUUGUGGUUAUUGUUAUUCCUCUGGUCAUAUAUCUUGUCGUGUUUGUUGCUUUUUUUCUUGCUUAUCGCCGGAUGCGGAGGAGGUUUCGUGCACAAAUCAACGAUAGUUCUGGGUUUGAUGGUCAAUCUAUGAUAAGAUUUAAUCUUGACAUGAUCUUGAUCGCAACCAAUGAUUUUUCGCUAGAAAAUAAGCUUGGUCAAGGUGGAUUUGGAUCGGUCUACAAGGGUAUUUUACCGUGCGGGAAAGAGAUAGCUGUAAAAAGGUUAGCUAGAGGUUCAGGCCAAGGAGAUUUAGAGUUUAGGAAUGAAGUUUUACUUUUGACAAGACUCCAACAUAGGAAUCUAGUUAAGCUCCUUGGAUACUGUAAUGAAGGAGGUGAAGAGAUUCUUGUCUACGAGCUAGUCCCUAAUUCAAGUCUUGAUCACUUUAUAUUUGAUGAAGACAAUCGUCGGCUACUUACUUGGGAUGUGAGGAGUAGAAUCAUAGAAGGAGUUGCAAGAGGGCUUCUUUAUCUCCAUGAGGAUUCUCAGCUGAGGAUUAUUCACAGAGAUUUGAAGGCAAGCAAUAUCCUUUUAGACGCGGAUAUGAACCCAAAAGUUGCAGACUUUGGGAUGGCAAGGUUGUUUAAUAUGGAUGAGACUCGAGGAGAGACAAGCAGAGUAGUUGGAACCUACGGAUAUAUGGCUCCAGAGUAUGUGAGACACGGGCAAUUUUCAGCAAAAUCUGAUGUUUACAGCUUCGGUGUUAUGCUGUUAGAGAUGAUAAGUGGUGAAAGAAACAAGAACUUUGAAGUAGAAGGACUUCCUGCUUUCGCAUGGAAGAGAUGGGUAGAAGGAGAACCUGAGAGUAUAAUCGAUACUUACUUAAGCGAACAUCCGAUAAACGAGAUAGUAAAGUUGAUUCAGAUAGGUUUGUUGUGUGUUCAAGAGAAUGCCGCAAAGAGACCAACCAUGAACUCUAUAAUAAUUUGGCUUGCAAGAGACGGACCUAUUACCAUUCCUAAACCUACAGAAGCUGCUUUUGUCUCUCUCCCUCUCUCGGUGAAAAGAUCAAUGAAUAAGUCUAAAGACAAAGAUUCUAAGUUUUCAGUGGACAAGGUUUCGAUCAGUGUGUUGUAUCCUCGGUGAAUCUUCAACCUUAACUAUCCCUUGCGAGGUUAUAUAUAGUUCUUAGAGACAAGUUAACCUCAUCAGCAUUCGAAGACAUAAUAACGGUGUUGGAUAGCUUAAUAAGAUAUAUGAGAGUUCGGUUCAGUUUGGUAAUAUUUUGUCACCAAUUUAUUUCCGUUCGGUCAGUUACAAAAAAAAAAAAAAAAAUUAUUAUUUCCGUUCGGUGCAAUUCGGUUAUUAGCUACGUAAAUAGUCACUAUAUUCUCUUUUUUUUUUUAACAUAAGUAGUUAUUAUCUUCCAUUUGUCCCCAAAAAAAGUAGUUAUUAUCUUCCCU